AUGAGCGGGCACAAUUUCCCGGUGGAUCUCAAGCAGUUCAAGCAACUGAAGCUUGACGCAAAGAAUGCGACCCUCACCGCCGACCAGAAAACUGAUCUUCUGAACAACAUUAACAUUUUCAGAGAUGCAAUUAUCGCGUUUACUGCGACCGGUGCGGCUCGGGGCGUGUCGGGCCACACAGGCGGGCCUUUUGACACUGCCCCAGAAGUCUGCAUCCUUCUUGCCAUGAUCAACGCGAAUCCCAAUGGGUUCGUUGAUGCAUUGUUUGACGAAGCUGGCCACCGUGUAGCAACCCAAUAUCUACUGGCUGCGUUAGAUGGCAAACUCGACCCUGAGCAUCUCCUCAACUACCGUGAUGCCAAUUCAAAGCUUCCUGGCCACCCUGAGCUUGGCCUGACACCGGGAGUCAAGUUUAGUUCCGGUCGCCUCGGUCAUAUGUGGGGAAUGGUGAAUGGAAUUUCUAUGGCAAACCGGGACAAGAAUGUCAUUAUGUUGGGCUCUGACGGGUCUCAACAGGAAGGCAAUGAUGCUGAAGCUGCACGCUUGGCCGUCGCUCAGGGCCUUAAUGUCAAGCUGUUCAUUGAUAACAACGACGUCACCAUUGCGGGCCAUCCAUCGCAGUAUCUGAAAGGUUAUGAUAUUGCUAAAACCCUCGAGGGUCACGGUCUCCAUGUCAUCCGUGCCCAGGGGGAGAAUGUGGACUCGUUGUGGCCCGCGAUGUGCGAGGUCAUUAACCACAAGGGUCCUGCUGCCGUUGUUGUCGACCGAAAGAUGGCCGCAGGCAUUGAAGGAAUCGAGGGAGAGUGUCAUGCCCACGAUGUCAUCACUGUUGAUAUUGCCCGCAAAUACCUCACCAAGCGUGGCUACAGCAAGGAGAAACUUGCCUUCUAUGAUGACAUCAAGGGCCGCUCCAAUCCGCAUCAGUAUCUUGGGACCAGCAAAGACAAGGGUGCCAACCGUGCUAUUUUUGGUGAGGCUGUGAAUGGUAUACUCGAUGGGUUGAGCAAGGAAGACGCCCAACGACGCGUCAUGGUCAUCGACUCUGACCUCGCUGGAUCUACUGGCCUGAAAGCAAUCCAGUCUAAGCACCCUGAAGUUUUUGUCGCAUCUGGUGUCAUGGAGCGAGGCAACUUUUCUGCAGCCGCUGGUUUUGGCUUUGGGAGUAACGGUGAGCGCCAGGGCGUUUUCUCCACAUUCUCGGCCUUCCUGGAAAUGUGUAUCUCUGAGAUCACCAUGGCCCGCCUGAACAACUGCACAGUAUUAUCCCACUUUUCGCACAGCGGCGUGGAUGAGAUGGCCGAUAACACCUGUCACUUCGGUCUCAACCAUUUCUUCGCCGAUAACGGCCUGAUGGAUGCAGAGACUACCUCUUUGUACUUUCCUGCCGAUGGGGAGCAGAUGAAGGCAGUUGUGAACAAGGUCUUUUGGGACAAAGGAAUGCGAUUCAUCUUUUCUACCCGUGCCAAGGUGCCAUACAUCCUCAAAGAGGGCACGGAUGAGAAGCUCUACGGCGAAGGCUACAAGUUCGUUCCUGGCAAAGAUGAGGUCAUUCGUAAGGGUACUGCUGGGUACAUUGUCACCUACGGCGAUAUGGUCUAUCGUUCUCUCGACGCUGUUGAGCGGUUGCGCAAGGAGGGCAUCGAUGUCGGCCUGGUCAACAAGCCUACUCUUAAUGUAGUCGAUGAGGAUGCUAUCCGCGACUACGGCUCAAGUCCUUUCGUUAUUGUUGUUGAAUCUAUUGCCCAGAAGACUGGUCUUGGGUCUCGCAUUGGCACCCACCUUCUUGAACGCAAACUUACUCCCAAGUUCAAGGCCAUUGGAGCUGUGAAGGAGGGUUGCGGAGGUCUAUAUGAGCAGGUAAACUUCCAGGGUCUUGGCCCUAGUGACAUUGUUGAUGUGGUCAAGGAAGUUAUGGGGAAAUGA